AUGGCCGACGUUAUCAGUUUGGCGGAACCGACCCCGGAAGACCUGCAGAGAACGACCGAACUAGAGAAAGUUCUUGCGUCGUCCAACGUGCUCGAAGAUCCCUCGGAGCGGGAACAUCGGAAGCAGAUACUGGCCAAACUGAACGCUCUCUUCAGGCAGUGGGUUCGAGAUGUAUCGAUCGCUCAGAAUAAGCCGGAGGCAGUGGCAGAUAAGUUGGGCGGAACGAUCUAUCCAUUCGGUUCGUACCGGUUGGGGGCUUACGACAAGAAUGCGGACAUAGACGUCGUCUGCGUUGCUCCACGUGACGUCAAGCGGUCCGACUAUUUCGGAUCGUUCUUCGAACUGCUCAAAAGGCAACCGGAAGUGACCUGGUGCCAGGCACUGGAAGAUGCUACUGUACCAAUAAUCAAGAUAAACUUCGACGGAAUCGAGUUCGAUCUGCUGUUCAUUAAACUGGCACUGGCUAAAGUUCCAGACAAUUUUGAUUUGUUCGACGAUAUGCUGCUGGACAAAGCUGAUUGCCACUCGAAGCGCAACUUGAACGGGGUUCGAGUGACGGAGGAGAUUCUUCGCUUGGUUCCCGAUAUAGACAGUUUCCGUUUGGCACUGCGUGUCAUCAAACUGUGGGCUAAAAGUCGUGGAAUCUAUUCCAGUUUAAUGGGUUACCUCGGCGGUAUAUCGUGGACUAUACUGCUUGCCAGAACCUGUCAACUGCAUCCAAAUGCGACCGCCGCCACUCUGGUGCAUAAUUUUUUUCUGGUAUUCUCUGGCUGGGACUGGUCCCAGCUAGUACGGUUAAAACAGGUUGGUACCGUCGUCUCUAUCAAACGGUCAAGUUUAAUGCCAAUCAUUACGCCCGUCGAUCCACAAGAGAAUACUGCAUUUAAGGUUUCCCGCUCGGCACGACAGAUGAUAAUCGAUGAAUUACAUCGAGGUAAACAGGUAACAGACGAAAUCAUGCUCACCAAGGCAGCUGGCUGGGACAAACUAUUCGCAGCGCCAAGUUUCUUCUUCAAAUAUCGCCACUUCAUUGUGCUCUUGGCGUCAUCCAACAACGCAGAUGAUCACCGGGGAUGGUGCGGUCUGGUCGAGUGCAGGAUUAUUACGUUGAUUAGAGAUCUGGAGUGCCAACCACAUAUUAAUUUCCACGUUAAUCCGAAACGUUUCGAACAUCCCGAGCACACUUCGAAAGAACGGAGCGACGGAGAGGUUAAGCAGCUAUGUUCUUUAUGGUUCAUCGGAUUGGAGUUCGACAAGCCGGAAAGUUCGUCUGUUGACUUGACCAAGGACAUUGACCGGUUUACCAAUAGAUUACCCAGAAAUGCUGAGUCCACAAUGAAGAUCGAAGCUCGUCGCAUUGGGCAGGAGCAAUUGAGUCAAUAUUUACAACCGAACCUGCUGAUGCGGGAAACUUCACCGGACGUAAAUAGUGGAACUACCACUAGGAAGCGUCUCCCGUCUGAUGACGAGCAAACGGCGCCAGCAGUGCAAAGCAAGAAAGCAAAGACGGAUUCCGUGAUUUCAACCACCGCCAGCAAGUCAUUGAGACAACGACUAUUGAAUACUUGUAAUAUUUGA